CAAUUGGUCGACGCGAUUUGUCAGUUGAAGUCGCUCCAACGUCACAUGUCCCAAUUCCAACAUGGCUGCCAUCACAGAGCGUGGAGCUGAUGUAAAUACUUUAGAGAACAGCAUGUCUCUGAAGAAAACUCUGUCUGCGGCGUCUCCACUCGCUCUGCGAGUAGUUGCCGAAUGCUCAGUGACGAAAGCGCGAGCUUGUGAUCUAAUACUGCCACACUGUGCCGUCAGCACCCCGGUGUUCAUGCCUGUCGGCACUCAGGGGACCCUGAAAGGAAUCACUGUGGAUCAGCUGGAGGGUCUUGGUUGUCAGAUUUGUCUCGGAAACACGUACCACCUGGGGAUGAGACCGGGACCUGAUCUGAUCGAGAAAGCCAAUGGUUUACAUGGGUUCAUGAACUGGAAGAGGAAUCUAUUAACUGACAGCGGGGGGUUUCAGAUGGUGUCUCUUGUUGAACUCUCAGAGGUCACAGAGGAAGGGGUGAAGUUCAAGUCCCCCUACGAUGGCGAAGAGAUCCUCUUGAGUCCCGAGAAGUCCAUCAGCAUACAGAACAGUCUGGGAUCGGAUAUCAUGAUGCAGCUGGAUGAUGUGGUCAGCAGUACGGUGACAGGCCCUCGGGUGGAAGAGGCCAUGCACCGAUCCAUUCGCUGGCUUGACCGCUGCAUUGCAGCCAAUAAAAAUCCAGACAAACAGAACCUUUUUGCCAUCAUCCAGGGAGGGCUGAAUGCAGAGCUGCGCAAGGUCUGUCUAGAAGAAAUGACUCAACGCGAUGUUCCCGGUUUUGCCAUUGGCGGCCUGAGUGGAGGAGAGGAGAAGGACGACUUCUGGCGGAUGGUCACACUGAGCACCGACCACCUGCCGCGAGAAAAGCCUCGAUACCUCAUGGGUGUGGGGUAUGCUGUGGAUUUGGUGGUGUGUGUUGCUCUAGGAUGCGAUAUGUUCGACUGCGUGUUCCCCACCCGCACUGCAAGGUUUGGCUCGGCCUUGGUUCCUUGGGGAUCUCUCCAGGUUAAACAGAAGCAGUACGCCAAAGACUUCCAGCCCAUAGACCCAGAAUGUCAGUGUCCCACGUGCCGGCAACACAGCCGGGCUUACCUCCAUGCUCUGUUCAAGAGUGACACUGCAGCCAUGCAUCACAUCACCAUCCACAACAUCGCCUACCAGCUCACGCUGAUGUGCUCCGUGAGGCAGAGCAUCGUGGACGGCUGCUUCCCUGAGUUUAUACGGACUUUCAUGAAGCGAAUGUUCCCGUCUCGUGACCAGUACCCCGGCUGGGCUGUGGACGCUUUGGCCUCAGUCAACGUUCCAUUGGAAUAGAACUCGGAAGUGACUGAAUGACUGACUGACACUGACUGAAAGAUUUUACAUAUUUUAUAUGACUUUUUCUAAGGAUGAUUGUUUGUUUUUUUUACUAUGCUUAUUCAUAUUUGUAUAUAAAUUGCUAUUUUUUUUAGCAGUGAGGAAAAUAGCUUUUGAUAUGAAGGGAUGCAGCCUGAUUGUUUUUCUCAGUCUCUGCAAAUUGUCUUCAGUGUAUUUUGCGAUGAUGUAAGACUGAAUGGGGUUUAAAUGAGGUUUAAAACACAUGAACUCUCUGAAAUCUCCUCCGACAUGCUCAGAAUCUUUUUGUUGUUACCAUGGCUACAGAGCGAGGCCCACCCACUUAAAACAAAAUGUUUUGCCUCUCCGUCAAUCUGUUAUUUCAUUUUUUUUGCCAAAGGCUCAAGAUGAAUAAAUGUUAUUGUCUUCUGGUGUUUUAACCUACGUAUCAGUGACAAGUAGUUGUCGGGUUAUUGUUUGAACCGAUAAAUGAAUCCAGCUGUCUACAGAGUGUGUCCUCGUGGCGUGAUGACCACCAGAGGGCAAAACAGACAAAACCGGAGGAAAGGCACCGUAAAACUAAAUGAAAUGCUAUGAUAUUUUCCUAAUAGAGUUCAAAGGAGUUAAAAAAAAAAAAACAUGCAAUAAAUGUUUUA